UUUUAUAGUACCCUGGGAUCAAUUGAUUAUGUUGUUGAAGCUAACAAAGAAGUUGUCAUUACAAAUUGGUGCCCUAUUGGUCAGAAGGGCAAAUGCUACGAAAAACACUCAGUCACUCCCUUUAGAUGUUUUGUUGGUGAAUUUGUAAGUGAUGCGUUAAUGGUACCUCAAGAAUGCCGCUUUUCUCACAUGCACGAAAACGGUGUCUGUUUGAGCCACGACGAUUGGCGUGACCGGGCUGCGGCAGACUGUGGUCCGAACAACUGGACAUUGCAUGACUACGGAAUGCUUCUGCCAUGUAAGCCUGCCAAUUACAGUGGUGUGGAGUUUGUAUGCUGCCCUCCUCCAAACAGACCAACACCAGAGGUCACCAAGAGUUUACCAGUAACUGUAACGACUAAGGAACCAAUCACAAAAGACCCGUACUUCGACCGAAAAUUUGACAACACAGGAGACGAGCAUGAGCAGUUUGUUAAUGCACGCGAUCGUAUUAUCAAAAACCAAGAAGGCAAAAUGUCGAAGGUAAUGAAAGAUUGGCAAAAUGCUGAAAAGAGUUAUGAGACAAUGAUGAAGAAAGACCCUAAGGCGGCUGAACAAAUGAAGCAAUCCAUGACACAGCAAUUCCAAAAGACUGUGAAUGCUCUGGAAGUUGAAGCUGAAUCUGAACGUCAAAGCCUACGUAACGUGCAUGAAGAUCGCGUCAGCGCUCUACUGACCGACAGGAGAACGAAAAUCCUCAAGAAACUGACAACUCUCAUCGGAGAAAAGCAACCAAAGGCUAAAGCCGUUCUACAUGCUUUGGCAAGGUUUGUAAAAGCCAUCAAGAAGAACAGAGCCCAUAUAUUGAACCACUACCAACAUCUCCAAGAUGUUGAUCCAGCAACGGCAAAGGAAAAGCGCCCUCUAUUGCUGACAGAAAUGCAAGAGAUGGAUGCGUCUCUGGAAAAUGCUAUUGAUAUGAUUAGGAGAAAGCCAGAUGUUUAUAACAUCAUAGAAACUGACAUUGAUGCAUUGGUUACUGAUGAUACAGAGCAUAUUCGACCUCUCCUGCGUGAGGAACCGGUUCCACCACAGUUUGUUGGUCAAAGACAACCUAAGGUCAAUCUGUUUGAUAAAGUGACUGCUCCAAAAUCAGGUGGUGCCAAGUCUGUGGCCACUACAAAGAUACAGCAACCAGAUCCAGCACCAACUAAGCCACUGAAAACACAAGCUAUUAAGAAAAUCCCCGGCAAAGCCAUCAUUAAAGAGUUCCAGUCACAAAUGGUAAAACGACCGCAGAAAUCUAGUUCAAAGAAACUGGCUCCCGCUUUCAAAGACACAACAGCUACCAAAGUAGGUGCUAGUACAAAGUUUGGUGCCCCUGUCGUAGCUCUUGGCCUAGCUUGUGGUAUCAUUGCAAUCAUCAUGGUAAUUGGCGCUGCCGGUCUUAUCAUCCGACACAAGUCACGUCGUGUACCAGUCAACCAAGGAUUCGUAGAGCUUGACCCUAACAUGACCUUGGAACAGAAACACAUCGCAAUGAUGCAAUCUAAUGGAUAUGAAAACCCCACAUACAAGUAUUUUGAGGUGGAUAAAUAAAUGAUAAAUAUUGAUAAGAUAUCAAGGCCACCUCAUCAAUAUUCAUAAUCACAUUCAAUCUGGUGUUUAAAUGCAAUCGUAGCUACUGACUGGUUAAUAAUUAAAUUGUUUAGAUCAAAACAUAACUGUGGAAUAGUUAAGUAUAUGCAUGACUUUCAAUGACAAUCAUCUUUAUUCAUUAGUGUGAAGAUUUUGAAAUAUCUUUUACAUUCAUAUGAAUAAAGCUUAUGUGACAUGGACAAUUAAAUUGGCUGAUUAUUAUUAUUCAUAUCAUCAGGUCAUGCAUAUUCAUAUCGUUAGGUCAUGCAUAUUCAUAUCGUCAAGUCAUGCAUAUUCAUUCAAUCUGCUUGUCUGUGACUGUGAUUACGUCCUUAUAAAUAAUAUUAAUGUUUGUAUUUGUCACAAUUUUCAUAUUUAAGUCGACAUAUGUAGUAUAUAACUGUUGUCUGAAACCAAUAUUGAUGUUCCAUAGAGUUUUAUCUUAUACAUAUUCAUCAGCUUCAUGAAUAAUUCAUUACAUAAGCAGCACAUUUCUCAUUUGUAUUCAAAUAUUUAUUCAUAUUUAUUAACACAUGUUCACACAAAUAACGUUCUAUGAAGCACUGGUAUAUAUUGUUCACCCUCCAAAAUAGACACCUUAUAAACAUUUAUGAUUACAGUAUUCAUCAUCUGUCUCAUAAAUAUUCAUGAUAUUUUUGUAUUUAGUUCAUCAUGACUUCAGUAUUUAUGAAUAUUCAUCACUGCUCUUGUCCAAUCGUAAUCAGUGUAUUCAUCUAGUAAUGUGCAUAUUCAUCACCAAGUGAACUAGUAACAUGUCAAUGUGGUCAUCAUUUGUACAAUGCUGUGUAAAGUUCUCAAAGAAACAAUUUUGGAAUUUGUAUUUUUCGCAUAAUUUUCUGUUUUGUGAGAGAAAAAAAAAUAUCUAAGAUAAAUUCAGGAUCAUACGUACUGGAUUCUCAAUCGAUAUUUUCUUUCCCAAAACAUUUUGUUCACAUUGUGCCAAAAGUGUGAAUUGUACUUAAAGAGAUAAUGAAUAUUUAUUAUUAUUAUUAUCUGUCAAAUUUAGUGAAUCGAAAGCGAGGACAAUUUUUGUGUUUUACUUGAUUCAUGAGUAUAAGUGCAAGAUUUAAUAUUCAUGUGCUAUAGUAGACAUGCUAUAGUAGAUAUGCUAUAGUAGACAUUACGAAUAUAAGAAGAAUGAGAUGAGGUGUGCUUCGUCAGUCACUUUCAUUGGAGAGGGAAUUAUUUUAACUCAUUUGAAUAUCAUGAAUAAUCAUUUUUAUCUAAUUUUUUAUGAAUAUUCAUAUUAGACUUGUAAGAUACGAUGGAGUUGUGAGGUGGUCAUGUAUGUAGGCUACAGUGUAUUGUAGAUUCGCUGUGUUUUCAGUGUAAAUAUAUAUAAAAAAAACAAUUUGAAAUAAAAAUGGGUCUAAAGAUUAUGGAAAAGCUGGACUUGUCACCCACAAUGCUAUAUCUGUCAGUUUCCUAUGUACAGUGGCAGAACGCAUACCCUUAAGAAUUAACAGUUGUAAUAAGUACAUUCCAGUAUCAGAAAUCAACAGUUCUAGAACAAGGCAAUUAUUUCUGUUUUCUACUAAAGUCCUUACUAAGGUAUUUUUAAUUUAAUUUUAAAAAUAUGUUGUGGAAAUAAACUUGCUUUUAAAUAUUGAACUUAAAUUUUGCAAUCAAUCAUGGAAAAAAUCAUUUUUGAAAGAAUUACCGAACAGCAACAGCUGUUGAAGCAAUAUUUCAACCGAAUCAGUAAUAAUCAUUAAAUUUUUUGUUUUAGUGUAGUUACAUUUUUUGUUGGUAUUUAGUAUGAUUUGGUUCAUCUCGCAUGAGAACAUUUGGCAAAAUGACAACUACUUUGAAACAUACAAAUGUCAAAAGCAGUAUUUUUAGAAAGCGCCCUCUAACAUUAGGUGUUGUAAACAUGAUUUUUGUAUUGGUGUUUGUGUUGAAAGCUCCUGUGAAUAUCAGCUCUGUUGAGUGGGAUUUUUCUCAUGGAAUGUAAGUUAGGGGAAUGUGAGAUUUGCCAAAUCUGCAUAUAUUUUGCAUGCUGUAUUCACUCUAGAUGAAGUAUAAACAUGUUUGUCAGCAAUUUUUGAUAAUUAGUUAUAGAAUUUAGUUGUUGAAUUGAUAGUAAGGAAUUUUUUAAUUUAUUCGUACCCAAAGUAUCAAGAUUCAUAAUGCCGAACUGAGCUUCAGUGAUUGGUUGUUUGGUUGAAAUAUGUGGCAUGAUGUAUUGUCUCCAUGGUUAACAUAAGUGAGGAUUACAACUCCAUUUUUUUUAAUCAAAAAUAUGCAGCCAAAAUGUACCAUGUAUAGUUGAUUUAAGUGGUUUGCCUUCAUUUUAUCAUUUUAAAUGCUUGUUGAAUUGUGCAAGAAUUGAAAUUAACAACCGACUGUGCAAACAAAAGUGUCAAUAAAAAAAAGCCUGUUUACCCCGAAA